AUGGAUGCCGGAGAAGCUGCAGCUGUUAUUGAUGUGGGCCUACUUAUGAUGUCCAUUAGUGCUUCUUUCGCUGGUGAUGUGCAGCGGUGGCAUAUAGCGGUACCCCGAGACGCGGCGGUGACGUUGACCAGUGCUGAGCUGCUUCUACCUGGCGGGAAACACUCCGUUGCGCUGGAUGGUCUUCUCCACAUGGUCGUCAAGAUAGGCCAAUUAGCCACCAUGGCGCAUGUUGUAGUGCUGGCGCGGAGUUGGGUGCAACCGCUGUUUUACACAUACGUGCUGCGCUGGCUACGUGCGAUGGUACCGAUGACUACGGCUGUUUCCCAGCUACCGCGGGCGCUUUUUGCCGUUCAGUGCGCUGGUAUCAAGAGCGCACUGGUCGUGCAGUGUGAUAAUGGGGUGCUUUUCUGUACCCCCGUGCUGGACGGUGUCAUCUCUGCCGAGUUGGAGUCAGUAUGGGGCGACGUGGGCACCUGCACCACAGUUGACGUGCCGCUGAUGGAAGACUGCUUUAGGGAAGUUGGGACCCGUCUCAUAGAAGUCAUGCGGCGAGAUAGCUGCGAUGUACACCUCAUGUGCGACUCUCGGGAUACUUGUCCAACCGCACAACAGCUCGUAUCGCUUAAUUGUGCUGAGGAUAUAUAUUUGGCCGUGAAGCAGCACGUUGCCUUGUGUCAAAUGCGCGAGCUCCGCCCCUGUCUUGCAACAGUCGUGCUAUGUGGUGAUGCCACCGCACUCCCGGCAACUCGUCAGUGUAUUGCCCUGUUGGUGUCUGCCUGGCUACCUGACAGUGUCUUGACGUGGGUGUAA